AUGAUAUCUAUCUAUCUAUCUAUCUAUCUAUCUAUCUAUCUAUCUAUCUCAGUCUCUUUAUAUCUACCUAUCUCAGUUUUUCAUUAUCUAUCUAUCUAUCUAUCUAUCUAUCUAUCUAUCUAUGUCUGUUCAUUAUCUAUCCCUCUAUAUAUCUGUUUGUCUGUAUUUCUUACUUUCUUAGUCUAUUCAUAUCUAUCUAUCUAUCUAUCUCAUCCUUUAUUUCCUUCCUUCCUUCCUUCAUUCUUCUUUCCUUCCUUCCUUUUUCCUUCCGUCUUUUCUUCCUUCCUUUAUUCCUUCCUUCCUUCCUUCCUUCCUUCCUUCCUUCCUUCCUUCCUUUCUUCCUUCUUUCCUUCCUUCCUUUCUUCCUUCAUUCCUCCUUUCCUUCCUUCUUUCCUUCCUUCCGUCCUUCCUUCCUUCCUUCCUUCCUUCCAUCUUUUCUUCCUUCCUUCCUUUGUUCCUUCUAUUCUUCCUUCCUUCCUUACUUCCGUCUUUACUUCCUUUGUUCCUCCUUUCCUCCCUUCCUUCCUUCUUUCCUUCCUCCCUUCCUUCCUUCAUUCCUUAAUUCAUUCUUUCCUUCCUUCCUUCCUUCCUUCCUUACUUUCUUCCUUCCUUCCUCCUUUCAUUCCGUCCUUUCUUCCUCCAUUUUCCCUUCCGUUUUUCUUCCUUUGUUCCUUACUUCCUUCCUGCCUUCCUUCUUUCCUUCUUUCCUUCCUUCCUUCCUUCCUUCCUUCCUUCCGUCUUUUCUUCCUUCUUUCCUUCUUUCCUUCCUUCCGUCUUUGUUCCUUCAUUUGUUCCUUCCUUCCUUCAUUCUUUUCCUUCCUUCCUUCCUUCCUUCCUUCCUUCAUUCUUUCCUUCCUUCCUUCCUUUUUCCUUCCGGCUUUUCUUCCUUCCUUUAUUCUUUCUUUCUUUCCUUCCUUCCUUCCUUCCUUUCUUCCUUCCUCCCUUCCUUCCUUCAUUCUUUCUUUACUUCCUUCCUACUUUAUAUUCUUUCCUUUCUUCCUUUCUUCCCCUUUCCUUCCUUCGUUUCUACCUUCCUUCUUUCCUUUCUUCCUUUGUUCCUUCAUUGCUCCUUUCCUUCCUUCCUUGCUUCCUUCAUUGCUGCUUUCCUUCCUUCCUUACUUACUUCCGUCUUUUCCUCCUUCCUUCAUUUGUUCCUUCUUUCCUUCUUUCUUCCUUCCUUCCUUCCUUCCUUCCUUCCUUCCUUCUUUUUUCCUUCCGUCUUUUCUUCCUUCCUUUAUUCCUUCCUUCCUUCGCUCUUUUGUUCCUUCCUUCCUUUGCUCCUUCUUUCCUUCCUUCCUUCAUUCUUUCCUUCCUUCUUUCCUUAUUUCCUUCCUUCCUUUCUUCCUUCAUUCCUCCUCUCCUUCCUUCCUUCCGUCUUUUCUUCUUUCCUUCCUUUGUUCCUUCUUUCCUUCCUGCCUCCUUUCCUUCCUUCCUUCCUUUCUUCCUUCAUUCCACCUUUCUUUCCGUCCUUCCUUCUUUCCUUCCGUCUUUUCUGCCUUCCUUUGUUUCUUCCUUCCUUCCUUCUUUCCUUCCUUCCUUCCUUCCUUCCUUCUUUCUCUUCUUACACCAACAUUUUCUUCCUUUCUUUCUUUCUUUCUUUCUUUCUUUCUUUCUUUCUUUCUUUUACCGUCUUCUAACAUGUUCCUUCUCUUUUCCCUUCUAAUUUCUUUUUCAAUCAAUGAAAGAGAGUUCCUUCUUUUCCGAUUUAUCUACACUCCUUCUGUUCAUUAUCUAUCUAUCUAUCUAUCUAUCUAUCUAUCUAUCUAUCUAUCUAUCUAUCUAUCUAUCUAUCCAGAGGGUGCGAUGGAAAAAUUGUCGUCUCAGUUAUGCAAAAACGAAAAUAACACUGACAUCUCAUUUUAA